AAAAAAGAAGAAACUGCCAUAGUCAAAAUGAAGGCCAUCCUUAUAUCACAAUUCGGACCCCCCUCCGUCCUAACCAUAACAGACAUCCCCACCCCAACCCCCUCCCCGGGGGAAGUCUUAAUCAAAGUCACCGCGUUCGGGGUCAACCACGCCGAGAUGCACAUGCGCAAAGGCGAAUGGGCCGAAUGGACGCCCAUCAGUGGCAUCGAAUGCGUCGGGACAGUCGUCUCCUGCUUCUCCGGAGAAUUCGAGCCCGGGACUCGCGUCGCCAGUUUAAUGGGCGGGCUGGGCCGUACAAUCAACGGCUCGUAUGCGGAGUAUACAGUUGCCAAGGCGUCGAAUGUGGUGCCGCUUGGCGAGGCCGCGAAGACGUUAAGCUGGGCGCAGCUUGCCGCGAUUCCGGAAUCGUAUGCGACGGCUUGGACGUGCUUGUUUAGGAAUCUGGAGGUGAAAAGGGGGCAGAGGCUGUUGGUUCGGGGAGGGACGUCAGCGUUUGGGAGGGCUGCUGUGAAUCUUGCUGUUCAGGCUGGGGCGCGUGUUACUGCGACGACGAGGAAUGAGGCCCGGAGAGCGGAUCUGAAGGCUCUGGGUGUUGAAGGUGUUGAGAUUGAAAAGCCUGAGCUUUCGGGUCAUCUUGCGAGGCAGUUCGAUGCGGUUCUUGAUCUUAUUGGGAACAGUACGAUUGUUGAUUCGUUGAAGCUGGUGCAUCGAGGUGGGAGGGUCUGUCUAGCUGGGUUUCUGGGUGGGCUGGCACCUGUUCCUGAUUUUAAUCCGCUUCUUCAAAUGGCCAGUGGCGUGCAUUUCAGCUUCUUCGGAAGCUUUUCCUUUGGGACACCGGAGUUUCCUCUGUCAGAUGUUCCCUUGAAGGAGAUUGUUAAUAUGGUGGCAGAGAAAAAGUUCAAAGCGGAGCCGUCGCGGGUUUUCAAGUUUGAGGAAAUUCAGGAAGCACAUCGCGUGAUGGAGGAGAAUCAGGCGAAUGGGAAGAUGGUGGUCGUUGUUGAUUAACUGACAUACAGGUAGUGUAUUUGUCUUAAUUGGCCGAAUUCCAUAAAAGUGACUUAUUGGCACGUUAUCCGUACUUUACUCUCCUCACCAACUAUCUAUGCAACACACCAAGUGCAUUAUCAUUAAUCAACGCAAUCCCCUUCUCCCGAAACGUGUCCGGUUCCGCGUGGCUAGUCACAUUGGCAUCAAAAACAAAGUCUUGCGGGUCUUCCAGGUCGUAUUUUGGCCACUUGGGAAUCUUGUCAUCCCGCCCGUUAUACUUAUUAGGAUCCAGGUCAUAGAUGAAGCUCGCCCAAGAAGAACUCAUCAAAUCGGCA